AUGGCUAAAGAUGUUGAGGUUCAAGAGCAAGGAGAAUACUCAGCAAAAGACUAUCAUGAUCCACCUCCAGCACCGUUGUUCGACCCAGAGGAACUCACACAGUGGUCCUUCUACAGAGCUCUCAUAGCUGAGUUCAUAGCAACCCUUCUCUUCCUUUAUGUCACUGUGUUAACCAUUAUUGGCUACAAAAGCCAGAUUGAUCCCAAAAAAGGUGGCACUGACUGUGAUGGAGUUGGCAUUUUGGGUAUAGCUUGGGCCUUUGGUGGCAUGAUCUUCAUCCUUGUUUACUGCACCGCCGGUAUUUCUGGAGGACACAUAAACCCGGCUGUGACGUUCGGGUUGUUCCUAGGACGCAAGGUGUCAUUGAUAAGGGCAUUUCUAUAUAUGGUAGCACAGUGUGCUGGUGCAAUCUGUGGCACUGGAUUGGCCAAGGCCUUCCAAAAAUCAUACUACGACAGGUAUGGAGGUGGUGCCAACUCUGUGGCUGAUGGCUACAACAAAGGCACUGCUUUGGGAGCUGAGAUUAUUGGUACCUUUGUUCUUGUCUACACUGUCUUCUCUGCCACUGAUCCUAAGAGGAACGCUAGGGACUCCCAUGUUCCUGUACUGGCACCACUACCCAUUGGAUUUGCUGUGUUCAUGGUUCACUUGGCUACAAUCCCAGUCACUGGUACUGGCAUUAACCCAGCAAGGAGUUUCGGAGCAGCUGUUAUCUACAACAAAGACAACAUCUGGGAUGACCAGUGGAUUUUCUGGGUGGGACCAAUUGUUGGAGCAGCAGCGGCUGCAAUCUACCAUCAAUACAUUCUUAGAGCAGCAGCCAUCAAAGCUCUUGGAUCCUUCAGGAGCAAUGCUUAA